AUGGGCAAUGGGGCCCCUACGAAUGAUUCAAGCACUCCCUCUUUAAACACCCCGACGAAAAACACCACCAUCACCACCAGAAAAGUUGAGGAGAGUGGGGAAAAGAGGGGGACACACCACUCCAACACUACCCCAUGGAGACUUCAACUACUAGCUGAUAUCAGUGCGCAAGAUAGCAGCAUCAUUGAAGCGGGUGUCACUGUUCCACCUCCCAGACUCCGCCGACACCACCAUCUCUACAAGGACGAGGGUCUUGAGCUCCCUGAUCCUUCACCUAGUUCCCCCAACCUGCCUGGAAGUGCAAGCAGUUUGAGGCAACAUCUUACUGCAUCACUUAUGCAACAUCAUCGAUCAAUUGAAAGGAACAAUCAUGCUUUACAACCUGUAUCUCCUGCCAGUUAUGGUAGUUCCAUGGAGGUUGCACCUUAUUACCCUGCUGUCACACCAACAAGUUCUAUAGACUUCAAGGGAGGGUUUGGUGAGAUGAGUUAUAGCCUCAAAACAUCAACAGAACUGCUGAAAGUAUUGAAUCAAAUCUGGAGCCUGGAAGAGCAUCAUGCGUCCAAUAUUUCAGUCGUGAAGGCAUUGAAAAAGGAGCUAGACCAUGCGCGCGCCAGGAUCAAAGAGUUGGUUCGAGAUCAUCAAGCUGAUCGAUUUGAGAUAGAUGAAUUGAUGAAGCAAAUUACAGAAUACAAAGUCAUUAGGAAGAGCAAGGAACAGGAUCGAAUUAGUGCUGCAAUUCAAUCUGUGAGGGAUGAACUUGAAGAUGAAAGGAAGUUAAGAAAACGCUCAGAAAGCCUGCACAGGAAGUUAGCUCGAGAACUUUAUGAGGUAAAAACAUCUCUUGCAAAUUCCUCUAAAGAGCUGGAAAGAGAGAGAAAAUCACGAAAGCUGUUGGAAGACCUUUGUGAUGAGUUUGCUGGUGGAAUAAGAGAUUAUGAAGGAGAAGUGCAUGCUUUGAGACAGAAAUCUGACAAGGAUUUGGUCAACAGGGUUGAUCAUGAUAGGUCGAUUCUCCAUAUAUCCGAAUCGUGGCUUGAUGAACGGACGCAGAUGAAACUGGAACCUCUAUAUGGUUUUGGAGAGAACUCAGUAGUGGGUAAGGUGAGGGCUGAAGUAGAGACCUUUCUUCAAGCUAAACACAGUAAUGAUUGCAAGAGCAGAGAUAAUUUAUUGCCACGGGAUCCCAACUUCCGCCGUAGUUCUCUGGAAUCCAUCCCUUUGAAUUUGGCUUUUAGUGCUCCCCAUGAUGAGGGUGAUGAAGAUGAUUCUGCAGGCAGUGAUUCACAUUGUUUUGAGCUAACCAAACCUAAUGAUGGUGACUUGAAACACGAAGGAGAUGAAGCUGAAAGUCAUAUUGAAGAAAUGGUGGUGCCAAAUCAUGCCAGGAGAAACUUUUCCUCUCAUGAACGGAACAAAAGUCGAAAUCCGACCAGCUUACAGGUGAAGUUUGAAGAACAGAUGGCUCGGGCCAUAUCAAAUCAUCAGAAUAAAAACCAGAUUGAGGAUAUGGAACAAGGGCAAACUGAGGGGAGGAACCCAGUUAACAUAAGCAUUUCCAAAAAGCCUGAAAUUUGUGAAGAAGCCACAGAAGAGGGCAAUUCUGAAAGGAAGAAUAAAGUUGAUGGAACUACUGGAUCAAACUCAAAUUAUAUAAUUGGCAAUUUAAUUAGAAGCCGUCAUUUAUUAUCAGAAAGUGGGAUUGUGUCACAUGAAAAUGAUCAUGGGAUAGCUGCUUGUGGUAAGUCGGGAUGGAGGAGUCAUCCUAGCCCCGUACGACAGUGGACAAGGAGACUCCCAUCCCAAGAUCUUGACAUAUCCGAGUCUUCUUCACAGAUGCCUUCAGAUUUGAAUGAGAAUACUUUGAAGGCAAUGCUACUCGAAGCAAGGACAAGAGGUCAGCGCUCACACUCCCGUUUAAAAUCCUCCAAGAUUUCCAUUUAGGUGAUGAUUUGGUAAUGUGAAAUCUUCGUAAGUUCCUAUAAGGCUAAUGGGUUUUGUCGAGAUCUUACUUUUGAUUGAGUAUUUAUGUUUUGUGAAUAUCGGCCAAGGUACUUUUUGAAUUGAAUGUCAAUGUAUUAAAAAUAUAGCUCUAUCUUCAAUCUACUGUAACUAUGUUUUGUGAAUAUCGGCC